UAAGAUGUGCCGAUCCUAGCACCCAGUCGCUCAUGCACAUCCUGCCGAAGCGAGGUCGUUCCAAUUAUAGCGUCCCCGUAUGAUUUUUUUGGGAAAAUAAAGAGGCAGAUUCUCACUUUCAAUGCGUGGAGCCGUUGAAAGCAGCUGGCCCAGCGAGUUUGUUUAUAAGCACAGCAAAGCGGCUCCCCGAGUGCCAAGAGCUGAAAAAAGCUCAAAACCCCUUUUCUCCUUUUUCUUUCUCUUCCUUUUCUACCCUCCCCAUCGACACCCUUCCCCUAUCUCCUCACUACUCAGCGCAGCCCCUGAUAUCACAUACAACAAUGGCACCAAUCACACUGUCGCGGCCGCGCAUCCUGAUACUGCUGAUAGUCCUGGGCAUUGUAGGCACCAGCGUCGUGCUGACCUCGGACCGGCAUAACUACUGGGGCGCGUUCCCGCCGCCUGAGCACGAGCAAGUGCCUCCGCCCAAGGAGCUUUCGCCGCAGGAGAAGGAGCGCGAGCUGUUCUCAAAGCUGGCGAUCGUGUUCCCGGUGAACCACAACACAGACAUGCAGUUCUACAAGAACAUGUGGCUGCGCGACUACCUGCACCCGGUGUGCGAUUUCGACGGGCCGGAUUGCAAGAUUGUGUGCAACCAGGAGUCGACGUACCAUACGCUGGACCAGAAGACGUUCUGCUUCUCGCGGGCGCUCAAGAACUACAAAGAUAUUGAGUUCUUUAUCAAGCUCGACGACGACUCGUUUAUCGACAAAGACUAUAUCAAAAGGCUGAUGCUUGAGCACCAGGGCUCGAAGAAGCCCGUUUAUAUCAGCGACCACACAAGGUUCCGCGAUCCCUGGAACGAGGGCACACUGGACCACGUUCUGUACGGCAAUGGCAAGUUCUACAUGUUCAACAUGAACCUAGUCAGGUGCCUGGACGUGGAGUUCAAGUACAAUGGCCCGCGCAAUGAGGACGCGGUGUUUGGCGGCAUGGUCACGUCGGGCUACGUACAAGAACAAGAACAAGUACAUUGA